AUGAGGCAGAACAACACUUUUCUGAGGCUAUGCAUCGGGCUUCUCCUGUCGAUUUGUCUCCUAGCAUCUCUCAUCCAGGCGUCACCUCUUCCACAGGAUGUUUCAGGGCCGACGCAAGCUCUCGAGGCCAGAGGCAAGAUCAAAGAGAACCUGAAAACCCUAUUUAAGCCAGCCAAGAAGGGAAAAUGCAAGAACCCCCAGAAUGAGCUCCAGACCACCUCAACAUCAAAUUUGGAAAAUCUCUGGAACAGUAUCCAAUCCAAAACUCAGACCGGACAUGCGGAUUCAUGGGCCUUGGACCCGAACAAGCCCCAAAGAUUUGCCCCAACCGAAUUCUUUGGCUGCACCAUUGUGACCAUCAUGAGUAGUCGUGCAGUUGUCAUCGGUCACUUUGCGGAAGAAAACCACCGUGAAAAAAUAUUAACCAAUGAGGAAACGGUUGAGAACACCAUCAUUGAAAGGUUGGAGGACAAGUUGAACGGGAAGCCAUGGACAACCGAUGCAGUGGCUUACAUACUGUAUAAGCCUCAGGGACCCUCUGCCCCACCUGGAAUUAAAAUGAUCCAAGAUACACUGAAAGAGAUGAAUUUGCCGGCAGCCAAUAUCCACACAGAGACAUAUCGAGCUACUGGAGGGGCCUUGGCUGAUACCAGGGGUCCCAAGGGAAAGAUUGUGGUGGAUUGGACCAAGCGGAUUGGAGGAGGCAAUCGUAUAACAUACUACAUGCAAGAUGACACGCCUGUCUGGCAUCGCGACUACGAUGAGGACGGGAACGCUUGUGAUGCUCAAGCUCCAGCUGAGGAAGAGUGCGGUUAA